CUCUCUCUUUAAAAACCACAUGCAGCCAAAGCCCACUGAUUAGGUACUUCUCUCCUGUAAUAAAAAGUUCAAAGCACAAACAAUAGUUAUUGGGCAUGGGGAGAGCACCUUGUUGUGACAAAACCCAGGUGAAGAGAGGCCCAUGGUCUCCUGAAGAGGACUACACUCUCAAGAAAUAUAUUCACACAUUUGGCACUGGUGGCAAUUGGAUUGCUCUGCCUCAAAAAGCAGGACUCAAGCGCUGCGGCAAGAGUUGUCGUCUGAGAUGGCUCAACUAUCUCAGGCCAGACAUCAAGCAUGGAGGUUUCACUGAAGAGGAAGAUAACAUCAUUUUGACUCUAUAUAACACUAUAGGAAGCAGGUGGUCAGUCAUAGCUUCUCACUUGCCGGGAAGAACAGACAACGAUGUGAAGAACUACUGGAACUCCAAGCUGAAGAAGAAGCUACUGGCACUAAACACUAGCCAAGCCAUAAAUUUCGGCUCAACCGCGCCCGUAUCGCCAUUCGUGCCUGAACUCGACAAUUACCAUCACUAUUAUGGUAAUAAUUCAGAUAUUGUUUCCAACAUGAAUUAUUAUCAGCAAAACCUAGUCCUUCCAGAGGAGAUGCUGGUUUCGAACCCGGCUCAAGCCUCCGGUAUUCCAAGCCUCAUGGAAGAAGUUCCAGAUCAAGUUGCAGGCCCAUGCGAAGAAGCUUCGAGCAUUUCGGCUUUCGGAGACGAAUAUCGGGUUUGGUCCGGUAAUGGAGGAGUUGAAGAUGAUGGGUUCUUAACAGGUUUGAUAGGGUCUGGUUUUUCAGACACUAAUCAUCUUCUUAAUGGCAUUGAUUCUCAGGAGAAAACCAGUGGGGUUUAUCCAAAUUUAGCUAACACCCUGAUCUAAUCUAUUGCUUUGGCCCCCUAAUUAAGUAGUAUUUAAUUCUGACCCUAUGGUACAAAUUGAUGGCAUAAGUAGAAAAAUUGAUAAUAAAUAAAGAUCGAUUCAGACAAUUAAUUAGGAUAGGUGUGUAUGUUUGUUUGUUUAGUAGUUUAAUAAUUAAGGUUAUUGUGGUUUGAGAUGAACAUGUUGAAUCAUGUAUUUAUGAUCGAUGGAUUUGAUAUUAAUUAUUAGCUUAAAGUAUAUCCU